AUGUACGAACCAGAUCAUUUAUCAAACACAAGCAUCCAUAGAAGAGAUGAAUUCGAUGAGAAGUUAAAAGAACUACCAACAACGGAACAACAACAUACUAUAAAAUCAAUUACACCAGAAGGUGAUGAAAAUGACACUGAAAGUCAAAUAAUAAAUAAAAAUGGUAACAACAAUACUACUACGAACGGUUCAGAAGUUCAUCUAAGGAAAUCAUUCUCCCUAUGGUCAGUCCUAGGUGUCGGAUUCGGUUUAACAAAUUCAUGGUUCGGUAUCUCCACUUCCAUGGUCACAGGUAUAUCAUCAGGUGGUCCCAUGAUGGUCAUAUACGGUAUAAUAAUCAUCGCUCUCAUAUCUAUAUGCAUUGGUACAUCUUUGGGUGAAUUAUCAUCCGCUUAUCCUCAUGCAGGUGGUCAAUUCUGGUGGUCUUUAAAAUUGGCUCCUCCUAAAUAUAAACGUCUAGCUGCUUACAUGUGUGGAUCAUUCGCUUACGCGGGAUCCGUUUUCACUAGUGCCUCUACAACUUUAUCUGCAGCUACUGAAGUCGUCGGUAUGUAUGCUCUAACUCAUGAAGACUUCGUUCCUAAAAGAUGGCAUGUAUUUGUUUGUUUCGAAAUAUUACAUUUGUUCUUAAUGAUCUUCAAUUGUUACGGGAAAUCAUUACCCAUCAUAUCAGCAAGUUCUUUAUACAUUUCAUUAUCUUCAUUUUUAAUCAUAACAAUAACAGUAUUGGCAUGUUCUCGUGGUCAAUUCAAUGACGCUAAAUUCGUUUUCGCUACUUUCUAUAAUGAAACAGGUUGGAAAAAUAGUGGAAUUGCAUUCAUUGUAGGGUUAAUCAACCCAGCAUGGUCUUUCUCAUGUCUUGAUUGUGCCACUCAUAUGGCAUUCGAAGUUGAAAAACCUGAACGUGUAAUCCCAAUCGCAAUUUUAUCCACAAUCGCUAUUGGAUUCAUCACAUCAUUUUGUUACGUCAUAUCAAUGUUUUUCUCAUUACGUGAUUUAGAUUCUAUCUUAAAAUCCACUACGGGUGCUCCAAUCUUAGAUAUUUAUAAUCAAGCCCUAGGAAACAAAGCUGGUGCCAUCAUCCUUGGAUGUAUGAUUCUUUUCACAUCAUUCGGUUGUGUCAUCGCAUGCCACACAUGGCAAGCAAGAUUAGGUUGGUCAUUUGCAAGAGAUAAUGGAUUACCAUAUUCUAAAUUAUGGGCACAAGUUAAUCCACAAGUAGGUGUACCAUUAAAUGCUCAUUUGAUGUCAUGUGCUUGGAUUUCAUUAAUUGGGAUCUUAUACCUUGCCUCUUCCACUGCUUUCAAUUCAUUGAUUACAGGGUGUAUAGCAUUUUUAUUACUAUCUUAUAUUAUCCCCGUAUCUUGUUUGUUAUUGAAGAAACGUCAAAUUCGUCAUGGUCCAUUUUGGUUGGGAAAAUUUGGGUUGUUUUCUAAUAUUGUAUUGUUAUUAUGGACCGUUUUCGCAAUCGUGUUUUUCUCAUUCCCUGCAAUGAUGCCUGUGACAAAGGAUAAUAUGAAUUAUGUGGCAGUCGUUAUUGCCGGGUAUACAUUAUAUUCUGUGUUAUAUUGGAAUUUUAAAGGUUAUAAAGAAUUCCAUGCAUCAGAAGAAGAAGAAGAACAACAAGAAUACGCUAAUGAUAUCUCUACCAAUGGUGAUGGAAUGGGUGGUGCAAGUGAUUCCAUCGGGCUAUCUGCUAUGGGUAUAGUAUCGAAUGAAGAAGAAGAAGAUGUAUCCGAUAGAGAAACAGAGAUUUAUAUCAUGAAUGGUGAUAAAAAUAUUAUUCAUCAAAACAAUAUAUGA